AGUGUUGCCAAGACUCGGUUGUAAUCUAGCUUGUCCCAACGUGGGAUUAUGCUAAACUGUGUUGGCACCCCAUUGGAUUAUCAAGCUUCUUAAUUCAAGCAUGGGAAGGGAAGCUAUAGUAUCAGAAAAACGAUGAAUCCCACGACUACGAUGUUUCUUUAGUCAUAAAUAGUUCGAUACCUGCUAAGGUUACCUUGAUUUUAGUGAAGAUUCUCGUAUAUAUGUGUAGUCACAACUCUUAAUAUAUUCACAUUUGGAUUGCGAUUCCGUUGGUGACUAGCAGUGUCAGAAAGUGUGUGAUAGGUGAGAUUUGGGUUGAGUUGUGACCAGUGAAUUAGAUGGAGCUGAAAUCUUUUUCUUGCAGUUCUGUGUCUACAUCUGAGGUUGCCCAUGGUGGAAGAUCCUACAACACUUUGAUUUCCAGUUCCACCCACAAAGUUGGAGUUAGAUUUUCUAACCACUUCAAGUGCCGAAGAGGGCUGUUUCUGAGGAUUUAUUGUGCCUCGGAUAAGACUUACUUGGCAGAUAAAGCUGUGAUUAGUUCAGUCGGUCAAGAUAAUAUUGAAGCAGAAACGAGUUGCCAUUUUGUUAAUGGAAUAAAUGGCUCAACUUCAAGCUUCUAUUCCAGAAAUCUGAGAGGACUUGAUGCCUUUGAUGAUGAAUAUGGUGGAGUUGUUGUUGAUCCAGAUAGGUUACCAACCAACCCAUUUGCCUUUGCAUCUGUGCUGCGUUUAUCUCUUUCUCAUUGGAAAAAGAUGGGGAAGAAGGGAAUUUGGCUUAAGUUACCGUUAGAGCAAUCUGACCUUGUUCCAAUUGCUGUGAAGGAAGGCUUUCAAUACCACCAUGCAGAGCCAGGAUAUGUGAUGUUAACUUACUGGAUUCCAGAAGGCCCUUGCAUGCUUCCAGCAAAUGCAUCACAUCAAGUAGGAGUUGGGGGAUUUGUCAUCAAUGACAACAAUGAAGUGCUUGUAGUACAAGAGAAGCACUGUUCUCCAGCAACUCUUGGCCUUUGGAAGAUACCAACUGGAUUCAUUCUUGAGGCAGAGGAGAUAUACACAGGAGCUGUAAGAGAAGUGAAGGAGGAAACUGGUAUUGAUACAGAGUUCAUUGAAGUCAUAGCUUUCAGGCAUGCACAUAAUGUGGCCUUCGAGAAGUCAGAUUUGUUCUUCAUCUGCAUGCUAAGACCCUUGUCAUCUAAGAUCAUUGUGGAUGAUCUUGAGAUUGCAGCAGCAAAGUGGAUGCCUCUAGUUGAGUUUGUAGAGCAACCACUUAUUCAAGAAGAUUCCAUGUUCAAGAAGAUUGUAGAUAUCUUUAUUGCUCGUCUUGGGAAGCGUUAUUGUGGCUUAUCAACUCAUCAAAUAGUUUCAAAGUUUGAUGGCAUGGUUUCUUCCUUAUACUACAAUGUCAUAGACAACGAAGAUAACAACUGUGUUGGAAAUUAAGGAGCUGAAAACUCAAGAAGGCACAUCUCUGUGGCUCAAUGUCAACAAGCUGAAAACUAUGCUAACCAGUCUAAUAUGUAACUUAUAAAUGAAAAUUUAUAUAUAAAUGUAUAUAAAUAUGUCUAAUAACAAGGUUCCUAUGGAACAUGUUUGAUCAUCACAGUUGUUCCUCAUUUACCGAUAAUCCUUGCAAAUAGAACAUUCACUACAUUAACGGGCCUCGAUGUUAUAAUUUAUGGAACCAAAUCAGCAUAUGUAUUUGAAGGUUAACAUGUAUGUGAGAGACGAAGUUGGCCAUGUAACCCUACCUUAAGCA